CAAAACAAACUGAACUCUCUUUGGUUUGUGAAUAACAAAACAUGGACGAUAUUUUAGUGUGCACUCUAUCCUUCACGAAGAGAAUAACGAAUUAUCUUCUAGUGUGGUUUCUCAUUAUGGGGAUAAGUAGAAGUGAAAUUAACACAUAUUAUAUGAAUGAUUACUGUAACUCCAAAUUGAACAUGGCAACGGAGAAGAUAGAUCAGUUGAAGCUAGUCCUUGACGACGACAACAUUUACAACAACAACAACAACAACAGCAACAACAACAACAACAGGGGAUGGUCUUGCGAAAUAAAGAUAGAAACUUGGUACAAUUCAUAUAACAAGAUUAUGUUCUAUUUUGAACAUCUUAACUUGGAUUGCAGAGAAGGUCAUCUUGAAUUUUAUGUUCUUCAAAAUAAGGACACACAUGUAAAAGGACUUGAGGACGAGACAUGUGGGACUGAGAAGCCAGAAGGGGUCUUUAUAGGAGAUACACGGUUUCUUAAAAUAAUAUAUACAUCUCUCAGACGUCCACGCAUCAUGACUGUAUUUUCCUUAAUAGUUACAGCAUUUAGAGACGAUACAUGCCCGGGUCACGCCCAUGAAUGUGAUAAUUCACGGUGCAUAGAUAAAGACCUCGUUUGUAAUGGUUACAAUUCUUGUGGUGAUAAUUCAAGUUGCUCUUCAAGCACGAGUAUUGUAUUCGGUAUAGUUAUAGCCUGUAUUGUCGCCAUAUUGUGCGUUGUUGCUUUAUGCUGUACGUAUAGACUACGACAAAAAGGCAGAAAUAUGACUAAUUGUGACAACGCACGAAAUGAAAACCAGAUACCAGCACUUAACUUUGAAGAAUAUGAGAGAUCCGGAUCUAACAGUCAAAUCUAUCAGAUCACUGCACUAGGAAGAGACAUAUAUUAUCUCCAAAUGGAUGGGCAUACUAAUCGGAACACCGAACAUAAUUAUCAUGAUGAACAGAUACUUCCACCUUGUUAUAACGAGAUGUUUGGCAGUAACGAAGUACAUUUACCAGCAGUGAAUGAGACCAAUAAUUUGACUCGAUCACCGGGUGGUCAAAAUAGUAACAAUAAUGGUGCAUAUAGCGAUAAUGAUACAGGACUUCCAUCUUAUUCAGAAUUAUUUACAACAAACUCCUCAGAAAUAUUUCCCUCACAAAGAGUGAUCCAAAACACGAAUGCAACACUACCGUUAUAUUCAGAAAUGUGUACACAAAACAGAUUAGAAGAUAGGCAUCAAGCGACACAAAGAGCGCAAAGUCUCAUAUUAGAUAUAUCUCACAUCUCUUCAGUAGAGCAGGGUAUAACAUCAGAUGAAAAUCAUUAUGAUCAACAACAAGGACAUGUUUUAGAAUCUAGUUUAUGAUAUUAUAUCAUAGCUAUCAAUAUGUUACCUUAAUUUUGAUAUCUACCUUAUUAUGUAUUGUCAGAAACCCAAACGAUUUUGUUUAUUGGAUGUCUCCAUGGUGAAUCCAGUUUGUAUUUUUAUAAUCAGAACAGAUCAUCAUUUUGGGCGUCCGUGGUUAAAGUCGCUAUUUUCAAACCACUUGUCCCUAACCGCUGUUGGUUCGAAUCCCGACACGACUUUGUAUACUUUUAUGUGACGAAGCUAUCCGGGUGGCUUACGGAACGUCGCUGGGAAUACAAAGGUACCCGAUCGUGCCUGAAGUAAUGCACGGAGGGACACCUACAGUCUUCUUCCAAUAAGUGACAUUCAUAUGACCAAACCAUUUUCACAUUAUUAAGAUGUGACUGAGGUGUAAAAAACAAUGAUAUAAUGGAAGAUAGGUCAGAAAAAAGUAUACUGCAAUGAGUUUUUAGUUGGCCACCAUGUAAAGGGAUACAUUUUGCAACCUUGCUAAUAAAUGUUAAUUAUUUA